AAACCUCCUACUACUAAGCCUCAGACAGAUCUUUUGGAAAAUAAAAAUGGAACCAAGCCUGGAAAACCUGGAGUAUUUCGAUUUGGAACAUGGAACAUUAGAUCUUUAUAUAAACCUGGGGCACUAAAAUGUAUCACUAGUAUAGUCAAGAAAUAUUAUGUAGAUUUAGUUGCCCUCCAAGAAGUGAGAUGGCCAGGAUCUGGACAUCUAAAAUCAGAUAACAUGACAAUAUUUUAUAGUGGAAGCGGUAAUGGAAGACACGAACACGGAGUGGGUUUUAUUGUAAAAGAGUUCCUAGUAAAACUAGUAAAGAAAUUCGAAGCAGUUGAUGAUCGAUUAUGCUAUAUAAUAAUUGAAGGGAAAACCUCUAAUAUAGCAAUAAUCAACUGUUAUGCACCAACUGAAACAGCAGAUAACGAUUAUAAAGACUCUUUCUACGAUAAGCUAGAAAGAGUAUACGACAUGAUACCCAGAAGCUACAUAAGAAUUCUAGUUGGAGACCAAAAUGCUCAAGUAGGGCGUGAGCAUGCUUUUAGACAUACUAUAGGAAAAGAAAGUAUGCAUAGUGAAAGCAAUAAUAACGGACUAAGGUUAAUCAGCUUUGCCUCAACCAAAGGAUUAGUUAUAAGUAGUACCCAGUUUCAACGUAAAGAAAUUUACAAACAAACUUGGGUAUCUCCAGAUGGAAGAACUAAAAGUCAAAUCGAUCAUAUACUUAUAGAUAAGAGAUACAGAUCUAGUGUUAGACAAGUUAGAAGUUAUAGAGGAGCUGAUGGAGACACAGAUCACUACCUGGUCAUAUCAUCUUUUAGAACCAAACUGGCUAAUAGUUGGAAGCAGUAA